AUGGAACGGUCGUCAGCGCAUUCGUCCGUCAACAGUCGGAGGACCAACUCGCACUCCGCCCGUGACACGCUGCGCCGCAACAUGAGCUACGCCAAACGAGCAGUCGUCGUGUCCGAUCAAGAUGCAUACAUCUACGCCCUCCGCACAGCGUAUCUGGUCUACCUGCUGCAACCGCGGCAGAAGCGAGUCCAGCAUGUCGCCAACACCUCCAAACCGAUCCAGCGAAGCGGCACAUCGAUCAACGAUAUGGUCAAGGACUUUAGUCUGAUUCGAGACAACAAGAGCACCAAAUUUCCGCAUGGAUUCAUGGCUGCGCUGGACAAGCGCAUCACAGGAGUGUUGACGGGAACCGAGAAGAUGCCUGAGUACCACAACAGCGACAUCAAGCGCACAUUUGGCGCAUUCCUGAAUGAGUUCAAGAACCCGACCUUCAGAAAGAGUAUGGAGAAAGAUCGAAAAGUGGAGGAUCUGCUAUUGAUCUUCUACUCCAAAGCGACGGCAACAUUACAACUUGGCAAGGCACAAGAUGACGAUUCCUGGAAGAUCAUGGUUGAUAGACACGUUGCAUUAUUCGUGAGGCUUAUCAGCAAUACUUUGGCAAAGAACGACUGGACGAGAGAUAGGCCCGAGUUGACGAGCAGGCUGAAGACGCUGGAAACGAAACUUCUACAGCACGACCAGGACUUGGCAGAUGCGAGUCAAAGGAGUGGCGGUCAGGGAGGCACCAGCAUAGAGGUGGAAGUGCCGCGGACUUAUGAUGUGAAGGAUAUGCCACUGGUGAUCAGAGUGUGCAGGAUAUUCGCAAAGCCGACAGUACAGGCACAGAACGACAUUAAUGCGCACAAGGACGAGUGGACAGAGCGGGCGGCACUCAGAGAUCUGAAGGAGUACCAGGCACACCUAUCACUGAACACCCCGACCACCCUCACCAAGGCCGACUUUGAUGUAGACGAAGCAUACGAAUUGUGGAGGAAAGGCGAAUCCAGCGAUCUCAGCCAGAUGAUGCAGGCUUUGCUCCUAUCAGAUCCUACUCUACUCAAAAGCUCGAGUGGAAGCGUGCCCCUGCUGAAACCACUUCCAUCAAUACCUGACGACGGCGAAUUCGACUCCAGCUACGUUCUGGAUCAUCCUGUAGAUCUGAGCAGUCUGAACCUUGGCGACUCGUCACCCAGAGAUUCAGGCACAGGCUCGAUAGACGCAAGUCACGCCAAGUUCACUUUCAUCCCACCCGAUGCGCGUUCCUACUACCGACAAGUGCUGAAGAUUGCUUUGACCAACGACCUUGCCGAUGAAGAGGUGCAAGCGACAGCCUUCCUCGCGCCGCAGACGACGGAGUUGCUGAACGAGAUUGCCCUCCGGUGGCGGGUGCCUCCAUCAUCAAGACUAGUCCUCUUCCUGGAUGUAGUGCGCGAGAAGUACCAGAAUCAGGAAAUUUCACUCGAGACAGUCGAUGCAGCAUUUGCGCAUGUCAAAGAGCCACCUCCGGAGCCGAAGAAAGGCAAAGCUCAACCCGUGCAGGCCUCGCUGUUUGAGCGGAGUAAGUGGACUCUAGCUGACGAAGCCACCAUGCGAAAUCUUCUUGCAGCUUUGCACGAUUCCUGCCUCCGACAAUUCUACGAGCUAUUCCAGCAUGUCUACGAGAAGAAGCCAAUGAGCGUAGCGACUGUCAUGGGUGUUCUUGAGGACCACAUCUGGCCAGAUCCGUGGUUCAAUAAGAAUCGAGAGGACAUGACGGCGUUUGCACAAAUGAUGACUGAUCAGCUGAAGACCAAGGCGAGGGAAAAAUAUCACGACAUGCUCGCAACCAAUGUGCCUGACAAUUCUCAAGACUGGGAAUUCUACAAUGUCAUCAAGCUGGGCCGAGCCGUGACGGGGAUGUGCGACAAGAUCUCGAAGCGCUUCAUAGACGCUCCUGAAGUGCUGGGUGUGAGGCCGCUUCAAGUCUUGAUGGAAGAGAUCUUGCCAUCAUUCUCAAGUGAUGCCAAGGAACUUGUUGCACGAAUACUUGAAUUGACCAGGAAGAAAGGCGAAGAAGUGCCCGUGCAGGAUGGCUUCGAGCUGUAUGGAGAGCUAGUCGCCAUUCGUGGGGUAUAUACACAAGCAUUGCCUGGGCGAGAGUUCGAAUUCAAGAUCGAAGACCUACUACAGGAAUUCGUGUGGCGAUGGAUCAGUAUGACAGACAGCAAACUUCUGGACUGGAUCGAAGGUGCUGUGGCUCACGACGAGUUCCAGGUGCGGCAGGAUGCUGCGUCAAAAGAGCGCGGUGAUCCGCCAAGCAACGACGAACGACACUCUCAAAGCGUUAUCGACGUUUAUCACAUCUUCAACCAGAGCAUAGAUCAAGUCAUCAAGCUCAAGUGGGAUAACGACUUGCACUACGCGAAGUUUAUGACGGCCAUCAGCAAAUCCAUUGGAAAGGGAGUGGCCAGGUACUGCGAACUUCUCGAGACCAAGUUUGCCCGCGAAAUGGAUCGACAGACACCAGAACAAGAAGCACGAGCGCAGCAGACCCAAAAAGAGAAGUGGAUUUCCGCCGCUCGUGAUGUAUGGGCAACAGGCAGUCUGACGCAAAAAAUUGAGCCCUUCAACUUCUAUCCCGAGAGCUUCGUCAAAAUCAACGAUAUCGAGUAUGCGACACUUCAGCUUGAUCGUGUUGAGCGUGAGAUGAAUACGGAAGACUGUGUGAAAGCGAUCAACAGAUACGAACCGCCACCACCUCCGAAUGCCAGGAAGCGAGGCGAGAACAAGUGCAUGUUCACCAUCAAGAUUAUCGAAGCCGAGGAUCUGAAAGCCGGUGACAUGAACGGCUUGAGUGAUCCAUAUGUCGUGCUGGGUGAUGAGUAUCAGAAACGAUUAGCAAAGACUAGAACUGUCUACCAGUCAUUAAAUCCUCGAUGGGAUGAGACUGUCGACAUUCUGACUACAGGUCCACUGAACAUCAUUGCCACAGUCUGGGACUGGGAUGCGCUCGGCGACCAUGAUUGUCUAGGGCGAACGAGCUUGAAGCUGGAUCCAAACCACUUCAACGAUUACCUUCCUCGCGAGUACUGGCUUGAUCUCGACACACAAGGCCGCGUUUUGGUACGAGUAACCAUGGAAGGCGAGCGCGAUGAUAUUCAAUUCUACUUUGGCAAAGCAUUCAGAACGCUUAAACGAGCAGAGCGCGACAUGACACGCAAGAUCACUGACAAGCUGAACGCUUACAUUCAGCAAUCAGUGACAGCAAGCAUACAGGAGUCGGCCUCCAAUGCGCUCAAGCCACUGCUUCAAUACUUCGAUGAUAACUUUGCGAUCAUGAAGCAGACGCUCACAGACAGCGCAAUGAUUAUGGUCAUGACCAGGCUGUGGAAGGAAGUGUUGGUCACGAUUGAGGGUCUCCUGGUGCCGCCAUUGAGCGACAAGCCUUCUACGCAGAGACCACUGACCCAAGCUGAGGUGGACGUGGUCUACAAGUGGUUGCAGAUUCUAUAUGAAUUCUUCAACGCCUUCGACCACGAGCGUCGAGUCGCCGAUGGAGUACCUGCUGACGUCCUCAAAUCACCAAAAUACCAUGACCUGCAGAACCUUGCAUUCUUCUACUUCGAGUCGACUGAUAACCUCAUUCGCACCUCAGAAGCCAUGGCCUCAGCCACUGCAAUCCGUCAACAGCAAGAAGCACAACAACUCAACCGCCUCUCCGCACCUGCCGGCUUCCACUCGCCAAACCUUGGCAGUACAAGACGAAGCAAGAGCAUUCUCCAACGUCGCAACUUGGGCACAAUUCGACAAGCCAAAGAAGAGAAGAGGAAGGGAGCACAAGCCGAUCCAAACGACGACAUGAUUUUGCGAAUUCUCCGAAUGAGACCUGAAGCAGAACGAUACCUCAAAGAUCGCAGCAGGCAGAAGGAAAGACUGGCUGCCGCGGCUGCUGCGGAAGCCAUUGUGAGGCAGAGCUUACAGGCUGGAAGAGGUGGACACGGAUAUAGCCAAAGCCUAGGCGGAGCUCAAAGAUCCGGUGCUGGUGGGCUUCACCGCAGCGGUGGAAUGAAUAGGCAGUGGGGCACGAUUCGCGAGUAG